AUGUUUAUGGAUCGAGAGAGAAGGAAUUCUGGUCGAAAUGGGACUCCAGAAUACAGCAACGGAAAAUUCCGCGAUGAUAAUGGUUACGGAUUCUUAGAUCGAUCGGAAAAUUGCCGCGAGAGGAGUCCUUCCAGAUCCUCUCCCUCGAGGAUCCUUCGGAUCCCGUCGCCGACUUCGUCUCCUCCACCGUCCAGUUCCUCCCCGCCAUUUCAUGGUUCCAGCUCGCCCGAACGCGGCUAUAUCGAGCACCGCGUCUCGAAGUUCGACACACUCGCCGGCAUUGCCAUCAAAUACGGCGUUGAGGUUGCAGAUGUGAAAAAGAUGAAUGGCCUUAUCACUGAUCUUCAAAUGUUUGCUCUCAAGUCUCUCCAAAUUCCGUUACCUGGGAGACACCCUCCUUCUCCAUGCUUGUCUAAUGGCUCCUUAAACCAUGGAGAGGGAUGUUCAUGCCACGAACUGGAAUCACCAAACCAUGACAACCACGACGUGUUUGACUCGUUUCAGUCUCUGAGACUGAAAUCUUCGGAAAAGAAAGUUUCUCCAGCCAUGUACUCACUGCAAGGUUAUUACGGGCUAAAACCAGCAAACAGAACAGUCUCUGAAGGAGGAUGCUUCGAGAUGGGAACUUACAAUACAGAAACUUCUCACCAUCAUCUCUCAAGCAACGGUGAUAGUCAAUACCUCAGACCUUUCCCAUCUACAAACGCUCCCUUAAACCAUCACAGGAAAUCAAGAAGCUUGGUCAAUGCACUUUUAGAAGAGCUCAACCAAUCACCCGACAAUAACACCCCUGAAGAACCAAACUCCGAUAAGUUUAGAAGAAGACGCCAAAAAUCCGAAGCCGAUUUCACAUCCCGGACUCCAGAACUUCUGUUGAAAGAAGAGAACGGUAGUAGCAAUGGAGGGUUUUUGUCAAUAGCAGGAAAAGGCUUAGCUUUGAGAUCGAAAGCCUCAAGCAGAACCAAUCUAGCAGCAGCAGAAUCCGAGACCGGUAACUUCAAUCCGGUACCAAUCAACUUGAUGGAUGCUCCGGUUUCAGACAGCUUUAGCAGUGUAAGAAAAUCGUCGAGUGCAUCGAGUCUACAAGAUCCAGACGGUAACAGCAGUAACGGUUCAUUGUCUCUAUGGCCAAGUUCGAAAUGGAGCUUGAAACCGGAUUUGCUUACACCUGCGGCUAUUACGAGCUCUAUCUUUGAUGGGUUACCAAAGCCUUUAACAGGACGGAAAAGCAAAACGGCUAUGGACUGA